CCACCUCCUUUAUCAAUACCCCGCUCAAAAUCUUCUUUCUUCACCUCUUUCCCUCACUCUGUCACACACGCAUGUGAAAUCACCCGUAGCUUCGUACCAUUGAUUAUGGGGAAAUACAUGCGUACCCGCGCCAGAACCAAAAACAUAGACGUCUCUCACUCACCCCUUGGCGUCCGUACCCGCGCCAGAACCCUAGCCCUCAAUUCCUCCGCCUCCGAUUUUCUCCAGCUCCGCUCCCGCCGCCUCCAGAAGCCGCCUCUCCUCCACCAAUACCUCCACAAUUCCCACAAAAUACCGCCUCCUCCUAAACAGUGCCUCGUUUCUGCACAUAAUCAAAACCCCCAAAUUGAGCCCGCCAACGAAGUUGGGAAUGAAGCUUCUCAAAUGGCGGCUUUGGAAAUUGAGGCAUCUUUUGGCGAAAACGAUUUGGAUACGGAACCUAGACAAAGGGGCACCAGAGAAAGCACCCCUUGUAGUAUGAUCGGAGCUGCUGGCAGUAUCACAGCACACGGGUCUUCAACAAAGCAGCUAAGUCCCAAUGUCUCCAAUCAAAAGUCCCCAAGAAAUAUCCCCACACCUCGCGAGAUGGAUGAAUUUUUUUCCAAUGCAGAGCAGCCCCACGAUCGCCUUUUCAUCGAAAAGUAUAAUUUUGACAUUGUUAACGAUUUGCCCCUCCCCGGACGUUAUGAAUGGGUAAAGAGUGAUGGCAUGGGCAGAGUUGGUUGUGAUUUUAGGCGCUGUAACUUAAAAAAAGAAGGGGUAUAAUGUGCUAUAAGCCACUCACUCCUGCAAUAGUAAGGCCUUUUUUAGUAGUAUUAGAAUCAGCACAGAAUGUAACAUUAGACUCUGAUAAAGUUCCAUUCCAGUCAAAGUUACUUACUUAGGAACUAACUGUUCAUUAUCUUAUUAACUUUGGUGUUGAGAAUUGAGAUCUCUUGUAAGAACCUUCUCCCAAGUGCUGGCUUGGAUGUCAUUGUCUUGGUGAUAACCGACCAGUCGGCCGGGACAUAAACGUCGAAUAUACCUCUGCCUUUUAUCAGA